CAGCAGGGCCGGGCAGCCCCAGCCCGUCCUCACCUGCAUGGGGGAUGCAGGGGCAGGAGUGGCCCAGGCUGGUCUGUCCGCCUGCCCCUGCUUAACUCGGGCCACGUUUACAAAACUUCCGCGUGCUUCACACUGGAUAUGGGGCACAGCCCAGGAGCCCCAGGGGACCAGAAAUAGAACGGCGGGCGAGGUAGGGAUGCAGCGUGCCCCCAGGCACCCAGGCCCCGCCCCUCCUGGCCUCCGAGGGGCCGAUUGGCUGCGGGCGGGGGGGCUGGUCGCCGGGCGGGGCUCGGGAAUGAGCUUCAGGGCGGAGGGCAGGACCAGACCCAGUCCCAGCGCGGAGCCCGCUCCCCGUGCGCACCGCGCUCCCCCGUCCCCGGAACCGCGGGCUCGGGCCCGGACCCCUGCCGGCACCCCCGCCAUGCGCGGCCUGGGGUUCCUGCUGCUGGCUGCGCUGUGGCCGCAGGAGGUCGCCCCCAGGGCUGCCCUGCCCCACGUGGAGCAGUAUGAGGUGGUGCGGCCCCGGCGCCUGCCAGCACCGCGCGCCCGCCGAGCCCUGCCCUCCCACUUGGGCCUGUACCCGGAGAGUGUGAGCUACGUCCUGGGGGCCCCAGGGCGCACCUUCACCCUGCACCUGCGGAAGAACAGGGACCUGGUGGGCGUGGGCUGCACGGAGACCUACGUGGCUGCCAAUGGCUCCCAGGUGACAGAGCAGCUGCAGGGGCAGGACCACUGCUUCUACCAGGGCCACGUGGAGGGGCACCACGGCUCCGCCGCCAGCCUCAGCACCUGUGCCGGCCUCAGGGGCUUCUUCCGGGCCGGCUCCACCGUCCACCUGAUCGAGCCCCUGGAUGGGGGCGGGGAAGAGGGGCAGCACGCCCUGUACCAGGCGCAGCACCUGCAGCAGAAGGCCGGCACCUGUGGGGUCAACGACAGCAGCCUGGAGACCAUCCUGGGGCCGCGGGUCUCGGCAGCCUUCAGGCCCCGGAACCGGCCAGGACCCCGAGACACCCGCUACGUGGAGCUGUUCGUGGUGACGGACAGCUCGGAGUUCCAGAGUCUGGGGAGCAGAGAGGCUGUGCGCCAGCGGGUGCUGGAGGUGGUCAACCAUGUGGACAAGCUUUAUCAGGAGCUCCGUUUCCGCGUGGUGCUCGUGGGCCUGGAGAUGUGGAACAGCGGGGACAAGAUCCGCCUCAGCUCCCAGCCCGAGGACACGCUGGACGGCUUCCUGGCCUGGCGGAAUCGAGACCUGGCGGGGCGGCACCCGCACGACAACGCGCAGCUCAUCACCGCGGUCGACUUCACCGGGACCACCGUGGGACUGGCCAGGGUGUCCAGCAUGUGCUCCCAGGGCUCGGGGGCCGUGAACCAGGACCACAGCCCGAACCCCGUCGGCGUGGCGAGCACCAUGGCCCACGAGAUGGGCCACAACCUGGGCAUGGACCACGACGAGAACGUGCCGGGCUGCUACUGCCCGGUGCCGCAGGCCGGCGGCGGCUGCGUGAUGGCGGCCAGCAUCAGCUCCGUGUUCCCCAGAAGGUUCAGCCACUGCAGCCAGGCUGACCUGGAGACGUUCGUGGAGAAGCCCCGGACGGCCUGCCUGGUGGACGCCCCGGACCCCGACCGGCUGGUGGGCGGCCCCGUGUGCGGCAACGGGUUCGUGGAGCGCGGGGAGCAGUGUGACUGCGGCCCCCCCGAGGACUGUCGGAACCGCUGCUGCAACGCCAGCACCUGCCUGCUGGCCGAGGGGGCCGAGUGCGCCCACGGCGCCUGUUGCCAGGAGUGCAGGGUGCAGCCGGCCGGAGAGCCGUGCCGCCCCGCGAAGGACCGGUGUGACCUCGAGGAGCACUGUGACGGCCAGCAGCCCCUGUGUCCUGAGGACGCCUUCCAGGAGAAUGGCACGCCCUGCCCGGGGGGCUACUGCUACAACGGGGCCUGCCCCACGCUGGCCCAGAGGUGCCAGGACUUGUGGGGGCCAGGCACUCGUGUUGCCGUGGAGACGUGCUACAGCUACAGCAUCUCUGCAGGCUGCAGGGGUGGGGUCCCCCUGAACUUUGACAGGGUCAACAAGUGUGGCACUCUGUUCUGUGAGGGGGGGCAGAAGCCCCUGGAGCGGAGUUCCUGCACCCUCACCGCCUCCUCGGGCGGUUGCCAGGCUCUUGUCCAGGACGGCGGUGCUGCGUACGAGCCAGUGCCUGAAGGCACCAAGUGCGGCGAGGAGCAGGUUUGCUGGAAAGGCUCCUGCCGCGACUUCCACGUCUACAGAUCCAGAAACUGCUCUGCCCGGUGCAGCCACCACGGGGUGUGCAACCACAAGGACCAGUGCCACUGCCAUCCGGGCUGGGCCCCGCCCUACUGCGCAGAGCUGCUGUCCCGCACGCGCACAGCGUCCAGGAGACUCUUGGUGGGCGUGCUGGUGCCUGUGGCCCUGGUGGCUCUGCUGCUGGUCGCGGCAGGCGUGGUCGUCUACCGCAAAGCCCGGAGCUCCGUCCGAAGGAGGAGCGUGGCGCCCAAGACAGCCGUGGGGCUCUCCAACCCCCUGUUCCACGAGGGGCAGACGAUGCCCAUGAAGCACGGGGCUCCAGCCCCCAGUGCGGGGCGCCCGGCUCCGGGCCUUUCCUCCCACCCCAGCCAGCCCCCCAAAACCACAGCGCCCGCGGUGACCCCCAAGCGGCCACCCCCUGCUCCUCCAGCUGCCAUGGCCAGCUCCCCGUCCCCAGUUCCUGUGUACAGCCAGCAGGCCCCGCGUCAGCUCAGACCUGCUCCUCCCGCCAAGCCCCUCCCGGUGCUGAAGCCCAAGCAGGUCGUCAAGCCAACCUGCGCUCCCCCGAUACCACCCGUCAAGCCCGAGGCUGGAGGGGCCCAGCCUGGACCCACUCAGGGAGUUUUUGGCCCAAAGGUUGCUCUGAAACCCCCCGUCCAGAGGAGGUGAUGGGGCCCCGAGCCCAGAGCACCCUGGGAGGCCGCUGUGCACCUGUCUGGACGUUGCCUGCGGUCACGUGGCGUUGCCACCAGCACCAGCAGAGGCAGCUGCGGGGCCCCAGGCCCUGCGUCCCCCUCCCCGAGGACUGGGUACA